AUGGUCAAACCACGGCUCAUCAUAUUGAUUAGACAUGCGCAAUCCGAAGGCAAUAAGGAUCGUCAAAUCCAUCAAAUGGUGCCUGACCACCGCGUCAAACUGACCGACGAAGGGCAUAAACAGGCAGAAGAAGCUGGGCGCCGACUACGAAGUCUCCUGAAACCCGACGACACGCUCCAAAUCUACACGUCCCCCUAUCGCCGAACACGGGAAACGACCGAAGGCAUCUUGAAGACACUCACCGCUCGAGACGAUCCCGAUGACCCCACUGCAGCGCCUUCACCCUUCAGCCGCGAAAAGAUCAAAGUGUACGAAGAGCCUCGGAUACGGGAACAGGACUUUGGCAACUUCCAGCCAUGCUCUGCCGAAAUGGAGAGAAUGUGGCGGGAACGAGCCGACUAUGGCCACUUCUUCUACCGUAUUCCAGACGGGGAGAGUGCAGCAGAUGCUUACGAUCGUAUUUCGGGCUUCAACGAGAGCUUGUGGAGACAGUUCGGAGAGGACGAGUUCCCCAGUGUCUGUGUGCUGGUCACCCACGGCUUGAUGACGAGGGUGUUUUUGAUGAAGUGGUAUCACUGGAGCGUCGAGUACUUUGAGGAUCUGAGAAAUGUCAAUCACUGCGAGUUUGUGCUGAUGAACAAGGAUGAGAGGGGCAAGUAUGUGUUGGAGAAUAAGAUGCGCACGUGGUCGGAAUUGAAGAGACAGAAGCGAGAGGCCGAGGCGAGGGCUGAUCCGCAGAGGAGGAACACUUUAUCAAGUUUCUUGACGCAGCAGACACAGGACAGCCCCAAGAUUCCGCCAAGGAGGUGGGGAGGCUGCAAGGAUGGGUGUAACCACGAAAACGAGAAGUUUCCCAGGAGAGCCGGACAGCACCAGCAGAGAAAGCAGACCCAAGAAUUGGUAUUGCCUGCCCCAUUAGAGACGCCCAAAGAUGAGGCCGCGGAUACUCCCAUGGCCCAUGUCGAAGCGGCGGCCGAUGGAGCGAACAUCACUUCCACGACAUCCGCACCACAAAUCCUACUAUCAUCGAGACCAAAACCUGCCGUACCAGAAUACUUGCAACCAGGACGUGAUGGUGGCGGCCUGUCUCGAGCCAAUACUCCGCACGAAAUGAAUGAAGAUGAGGACUCGGACGAAUACUUCACCUCGUCCAAGAGUCGAACUCUGCCAAACGCUGUGGGCAAGGCGCCUGGUCGCCAAGCUACGCAAGAUGACAUUGAGAGAUGGACCCGGGAAAGCGGCAUGAACAGUGAUAAGAGGGCUGAUCCAUUAGGUGAUGAGCCGGGAGACGACACGGAAGACGCUGAAAACGUCGAGAGCGCGGAACAACAAGAUAAGAGUUUAAGAGGGAGCGUGUACUGAAGAUGAUGAGACGAUUCCAGCGACGACAGACUACAACUUUAUGAGAUGAGACCUAUGACGAAUGUCUGUACCACGAACAUUACAUAUACCAAGAAUACAGCUAUGCCCAGUAAGCGGACCCGCGUGUCACGCCGCCAAGUGGGAAAGAAGAGCAAGCGUGAUGCUAUCAUUCUUCCCGGGUGACCUUUGAACUCCUCUACACUGAGAAAGUCCUCACUGUCGAUUACCCAGCGAGCAACAAGUGUCUAAAUCACAAUUCC